GCGGACCCUCUGUGACGUCAGAGCAGUUUGCGGCAGGUCAGUAAAGAUGGCGGCGGAGGAGAGUAGGUUGAAGCAGCGGAAUCACACAAACAGCGCCUUCCCUCCAGGUGACCACGGUUUCAAACCGUACACAUCACAGAUGAGGUGUGGUGAGGACGAAGACGACCUGCUGGAGGAGGAAGAGGAGGAGGAAGUGGGCGUGGCCAGGCCGGUACAGAUCGUGGUGGCGGAUGAGGACGAGCACUCGUUUUCACUUCAGGAGGCGGCGCUGGAGCGGCUCCUGCUGCAGGAAGACAUCCAGGACCUCAACGUGGUCGUCGUUUCUGUGGCUGGGGCGUUCCGCAAGGGAAAGUCCUUCCUGCUGGACUUCAUGCUGCGCUACAUGUACAGCCACAGCCAGUCGUCCAGUUCGUGGGUCGGCAGCGAGGACGAGCCCCUGACUGGCUUCACCUGGCGAGGCGGCUGUGAGAGGGAAACCACGGGAAUCCUGGCCUGGAGCGAGGUGUUCAUAGUGGAGAAACCAGACGGCUGCAAGGUUGCAGUUCUACUAAUCGACACACAGGGGGCGUUCGACAGUCAGUCAACCAUCAAGGACUGUGCCACCCUGUUCGCCCUCAGCACCAUGACCAGCUCAGUCCAGGUCUACAAUCUGUCACAGAACGUCCAGGAAGAUGACCUCCAGCACCUACAGCUGUUCACGGAGUACGGUCGUCUGGCCAUGGAGGAGGUCUACGAGAAACCGUUUCAGACUCUGAUGUUCCUGAUCAGAGACUGGAGUUACCCUUACGAGCAUUCAUACGGCCUGGAAGGAGGGCGGAGCUUCCUGGAGAGGAGGCUGCAAGUGAAGCAGAACCAACACGAGGAGCUGCAGAACGUCAGGAAACACAUCCACUCCUGCUUCUCCAACAUUGGCUGCUUCCUGCUGCCACAUCCGGGUCUCAAGGUGGCGACAAACCCGCACUUCGACGGCCGCCUCCGAGAUAUCGAUGAGGAGUUCAAGAAGGAGCUGGUGAACCUGGUGCCAACGCUGCUGUCUCCAGAAAACCUGGUGGAGAAGGAGAUUGGAGGAGUGAAAGUCACCUGCAGAGACCUGCUGCACUACUUCAAGGCCUACAUGAAGAUCUACCAGGGGGAGGAGCUUCCUCAUCCCAAAUCAAUGCUGCAGGCAACGGCUGAAGCCAAUAACCUUGCAGCUGUUGCUGGAGCCAAAGACUUGUACACUCGUAGCAUGGAGCAGAUCUGUGGUGGAGACAAACCCUACAUUUCACCAGCAGAGCUGGAGCGUCACCACACCGAGCUCCGCCAGGCGUCAGUGCGACACUUCCGCUCUGUUAAAAAGAUGGGCGGUGAGGAUUUUUGCCGCCGCUACCAGGAGCAGUUGGAGGUGGAGCUCGACGAGACCUAUGCCAACUUCACCAAGCACAACGACGGCAAGAAUAUCUUCUACGCUGCACGGACGCCUGCCACACUGUUCGCCGUCAUGUUCGUCAUGUAUGUGGCAUCGCUGGUCACUGGUUUCGUGGGUAUCAACUCUGUGGCCACGAUGUGUAACCUAGUGAUGGGCGUGGCCCUGACAGCGCUCUGCGUCUGGGCUUACGUCAAGUACUCCGGCGAGUUCCGUGAAGUGGGUGGAGUCAUCGACCAGGCGGCGGACAUCCUGUGGGAACAGAGGACACCUCGAAAGAUUUUCUCCAAACUCUUCGAAGUGGCUCGGAGUCGAGUUCCAUUCGGAAACCUAAUCCCGGCGCCGCGGCCUCGACUCGCAUCCAACAACAAUGUGAAGAAGAAAAACUAGUGUCACGCCUUCUGUCAGUCACCUUCACCCUCCUCUUCCUCGCCUUGUGCUGGGUUUGGAAACGAUGGUUCAAGUGGGUCUGUGUUCAUCCCGUAGACAACUUAAGGACUUGCUGUAGACCAGGACGAGGUGGUUCGAGUUUUAUUUGGUGUCAGUGGGCUGGGUUUUAGGUAUUUAUUUGUGGGUGGGUCCAUCAUUCCAUCACCGAGUAUCGUCCCAGGUGAGAGUUCACCUGUGGGACGACGCCUCGACAUUAAUGAUUCCCAUUUCUGUGAAUGUACAAUGACGAGCGUGACCACAGACCCUCCUCCUCCUCGCCAGGGGGCGGAGUCACAACCAAAGUUUACAGCUUUAUCUGUAGAGGCUCCGAGAUGGAACCGGCAGCAGCGUAGCUUUAGUACAGUGACCACAUGACUGCGGCAGUUUUUCUACAUCAACCCAGAAUCUGAGCAUCAGGGUUCGACAUCACACGAAAACAGAGCAAAAUGAAAGACAUUUUGGACAAAAACCACUAAAACCACCAUUCCCUGAAAUAAUGAAGCAGGAAAAAACUCACAAAUUUACAAGAAAAAAAAAUACAUAAUUCUGAAAAUCAGUCACAAACCUGAUUUAACCCUUUCAUGCAUGUUGUAUAGUUCUUUGAACUUCAAUUAAAAUCACAAUAUUUGCAAUAAUUAGUCCAAAUUAAUAGUGUAAAUAGUAAUAUAUAGCACUGCAAUUAUUACCUGAUAUUUAAUUUAAGAGUUAAUGCUUCUGUGAUUUUAAUACAUUAUCAAGUCAUUAAUGUGGACAAUGAUGCCAAACUUUUAAAUCCAGUGUUUAUGAACAUGUUUAUGCCACAUCUGACAUUUACCAUUAAACUACAUUCCAGCCAUCAAAAUCAGAACUGAAUCAUGUAUGAAAAGGUUGAAUAAUCAAUGAACUGGAAGAGUCACACGUUCACAGCAAAAAUCUGAAAAUAGUAAAAGUAUGAAAAUUACAAAAAACUAAAAUAUUCGUGUAAUUAUGAUCCACGAAAAGACAAACCUAUUCCAUUUGUGUCACUUUCAUUUUUCUCAGUAAAAAACACAAAGAAUUAUGACAAUCAACUUUUCUUGAAAUAAUGCAAAAAAACUUCUAAAGUUCUCCUUCACAGCUGAGUUCAAGUGUUGAGUUUGUGAUUCUGGGAAAAAGUAGAAAAACUGUUGAAUGAAUGAACGGUGUCAGAGUUGGAUCAUUGUGGAUGUGGAAAUCCACCGUGAUGAUCAUAAACCCGGGUUUCCACACUGAGACGAAUUAAAUCACAUUUAAUUAUUGAACAAACGACCCCCGAUGGCCAUGUGGUUCAGCUCAGACCAGACCUGAACCCAUCUGGGAUUCUGUCAGUAAAUCCUCUGUUCAGACGGUGAAUUCACUGACAGACCUAUCAGAGUCCAAUUGGAAACUAAAGAAUGAGCAUUUCCGUUUGUGUAGAUCAGAUGAUCAUGAAAACAAAACGAUCAGAUUCAAACUGUAGAGAUGAAACGGAAAAUCCACUGAGAUGAACGUCUGGAACGCUCCAUUCACACUGCAGUUCUUAAUGCUUAGUUAGAAUUUUUUGCUGAAAUCUGAUUUUUUUUUUUUUUUUUUUUUUUCUGGUUCUCAUUCUAAUGUAAAUGUGAUGUCAUUAGACUAAUGUUUGAACAGUCUAUGUCCUGAAGUGACGUCACAUGCAUUACACUGUUGAUGAAGAAAAUAUGGAUCUUUCCUGGUUGCGUCUCCUCCAGCGCUGAACUGUAGCGUCUGUUGGGUUUUAACGAUGUAAAAGUCAGAUGAAAUGUGAUGUGACCGUUCAGACAUGAGUCACAUAUGGCUAAAAACCUCAGAUUUGGGUUUGACCUUCAGUUUGACCUUCAGUGUGGACAUAGCGUUGGCAUCCUUCACGUCUCUGCGACGAGGCUUCGUGAUGCGUUUAAUGGUUUCCAGAUAAGCGCGACGUCCAGAUAACCGGUGUCUGUAGAUGAAUCCUGUCUCAUUUCGUCCCGUUCUUUCCAGACCUGAAGGACUGAUCUUCAUCCACAUGAAAAACACUAAGAACACAACAAACACUUUUACACAGUGUCGGCGUUUCUGUUUUAAGCCAAAACUGCGUCAGUCGAUGAAUCGUCUUCAUUCCAUCCACAUCUCAUCACUUUAGUCACCACCCAUGCUUUUGUUUUUGUACACUUGAGUUUUUUACAGCUUCAUCCUCAUCACAGGGCAUGUGUAUGAACUAUACAUAUAUAAAUAUGAAUUUCUAGACCUUUUUGUAGCUGGAGGGACGUCGGCCGCUCGGAUUCACUGGAUGUAAAGGAAUGCUUCGUGGUUUGUGGAUAUGUCCGAUAAAUUCCUUUUUAUAUAUGAAUAUAUUUGUAAAUUUAACCUGACAUGAGCACUGCGACUUCCACCCCCCGCUGCAAAGAAUGUUUAUAAUCUGGACUUUAUUUCCUUUUUUUUUUUUCUCUUUGGUUUUCUGUUACAUUUUAAACUUAUUUCGUUAAUUUAUUUUUCAAUACAAUAUUAAACCAAACUCCUACGACACA